ACGGCCGUCAUUGACGAAGUCCUUGGAUGAGGUCGUGCAUCUUGUUUCGUUGUGAUCUAAUUCAGGCCAGGUCGCUGGUUUCAUGACGAGUCUUACGACGUUCAAGUAGGAAUGGUUGUUUAUAGCGCGUCCUGGCCAGUGAGAAGGCGGGGCCUGAUGAGGACACAUUCAAGCUUCGUUGUCUUGGCAUAUUCCAGAUUAGCUGUAGUCGAUGUUGUCUCUCUGGCCAGAAUGCUACCGGAGGUGGAGGAAGCUUGAAGGAGACAAUAAACCAGGCAAAAUUGCACGAGGUCAAGAGAGUCACCUGUUUAGGUGCAGGUGAGGUAGUGGAUCGUAGCGAAUAAUCUGGAGGAGUUGGAGGUGUCCUUGUUGGAUCGAAGGUUUGAGAGAAUAGAGAAAUUGGCGGUUGAGGCUUCUGAUUCCUGCUGUUGAUGGUGAUCUGAAUGAGGCGAAUUGCAAGAUGCAAGCAUAACGUUUUCUGGGCAAUUAUUGUUGUUAGAUUGUAGAGAGCCAAUAUUGAAGAGAUGGAGACUAUAAAUGUGGAGAAGGUGCCGCGGAAGGAGCUCAUGCAGCUAUGCACUGACCACAAAAUUCGCACGGCAGGAGUCAAGCAAGAUGAACUUAUUCGUUUGCUGCAAAAGAAGUUGCAGUCUCCAGCAUCCACUCCGCCCAGAAUGCCAAAAGCCCGCAGUCAGAUGUCAAGUAUCGAAUCUCCGCCUAUGUCUCCAAAGCCCAAAACACACAGUCGGACUUCGAGUACUGAAUCUCUACCUACCUCACCGCAGCCUAAGGUACGAAGUCAGUUGGGUGUUGACCCACACACUCCACCAAAAGACCCGAGAGGGAAACUUGCCGAGAAGUCCUCGGGUACGAGAUCAACAGGCCUAGGUCGGAGCGAUCGUUCUCUUUUGGACAAUCCCUCUCGAAGAAAUUCAUCUGAACAGAUUAGGAAGGAACCUUCAUCAGAUUCUGGACUGCCCCGAAAACCGACAUCGACAAAGACAGCUUCUACACCAGCACAAAAGUCUCCGUCGGAUCUUUUAAGGAAGAAGGCGAGUACAUCGUCCGUAAUUGGCAAGCUAGCACAGGAUAGGCACUCCAAACCAACUGAUGAAUCUUCUUCGAGGAGCCGCCAUGUAUCGUUUUCUGAAAUCGGCAAGCCAGCACAGGAAAGGCGGCCUAGGCAAGGUGAUGGGUCGUCACUUAGAACCAGGAACAAUAUUGAAGGUCCCCGACAAAGUGCCAGGGGUACAUCAUUGGCAGGCAAACGUCCUGGUGAGCGUUCUUUAGGUCUCUCGAAGAUCAAUGAAGCACGGAAACCUCGGACAAACGCUGAUGCCUAUUCUGAAGCAGCGACGAGUCCCCGAGCAUCUGAAGCGGGUGAUUGCGCAAGUGUCAUUGAUAAUAGCGACUUAUGCUCGGUAUAUAGUUUUUGCAGUGUCUCGGAAGUCGCUACCGAUGCUGGACAACAUAACGUAGAGGAAGACUUUGAUGUAGAUGACGGUCGUAGCGUGUCGAGCGAGCCGGCUUCAAGUUUUGCUUUACGGGCCAAUAGGUUAACUCUGCGCACGAGUACAUUGGGAAGUAAGAUGGACCAAAGCGUGUGUUCUUCGUGGCAGACUGCGCACGGAAGAGAUUUCUUAGAUUCUUCAGUAAAAAGUAGUGCAUUGAACAGAGAAGGUUUAAAACUCACCGAACUAGCAAAGGAUAGGGAGGACGAGUUUUUUCAUAAUCUAAAAGACACUGACUCUUUGACACGCGAUGCAACAAUUCCCGAUACAUUGUUAGAUUCCCUUGCUGAGAACCCAGGAAAGAUAAUUAGGGCAGAGGGACAAAAAGAGGAGUUUGAGAAGUUGUGCAUGCCUGAUUCCUCGACAACAUGCUCGAAGGAAAACGAGAUCGCAGCUUCUGAAGGUACUAAGAGAGAGCACUUACAUUCUAGCACUUCUGAAAAGAACGAAGCUGCACUUGCAGCAGGUCCUUCUGCAUCUGAAUCAGAAGGUAAUUUGUCAACAGAGCGUGAGAUAUCACCUCCGUCUGGAGUCGAAGCGAUUACUCACAAAACUGAGGCGGCAAUUAAAGCGGGCCACUCUGCAUCAAAAUCAGGAGGCAAUUCGUCCAUGGAGCCUGCCCCUGGGAUUGCGGAGAUUAUUCAAACAAGUGAGGCUGCAAUUGCAGCGAGACUCCCUUUGUCUAAAUCAGGAGUCGAUUUGUCCAUGAGGCGUGAGAUGUUACCUCCGCCUGGAAUCGAGACGACUACUCACACAAGCGAGACUGCAAUUGCAGCGGACCCUUCUGCAUCUGAAUCAGGAGGCAAUUUGUCCAUGGAGCGUGAGAUAUCGCCUGCGCCCGGGAUUUCGGAGACUAUUCAAACAAGUGAGGCUGCAAUUGCUGCGGGCCUUUCUGCAUCUGAAUCAGGAAAUAAUUUGUUUAAAGAACGUGAGAUGUCACCUUCGCUUGAAUCGGCGGCGGUUGUUCAGACAAGUGAGGCCGCACUUGCACCAAAGACAAACAACGUAGAUUUGGCUUCACCCUCCAAGGUUUCGGAUUCUUUCGUUGCGACGAUGGAUUGUCAGCAUGAGAAGAAUACUGAGCAGAAUUCUAACACUGUGCAUUCCGAUGUGACUUGUGAUGAGUUCAAUUCAGAUCACCCAAAGGUUGAGCACGCUGUGGCCUGCACCAGUACUCAAGAGAGAUAUACUGCUCCUGUUGUAGAAAAAGAUGCACCAGUUGCGAACCCUGAGCAUGAUUAUAAGACAACGGUAUCUUUAGGUAUUCCUCAACAGCAUACUGAGGUGACACAUCCUGCAGCUGAUGUGCGUCCUGUAAUCUUUGUUUCUCAGACUUUGCCAGCAACAGGCGAGAAGGCUCUAUUUGAUGCAGAUUGCCAUAAGUUUGAUCCAGGACAUCAAUCCAUUGAGCAGGUUAUCAGGGACAGCAAUAUUUAUGAAGUGGGCAAUAAUACUGUUCUAGCGCCGUGCGCAUUAGUGGCAAAUUUUGAGAGCCAGGAUGCAACAUCGGCACCUUUUGGAGUGUAUCGACAGGAAAUUGAGAUGGCUACUUGUGAGGUGCAACACAGAAACACCGACUCAUUUCAAGUAGAUUUCAAGUUCAUAGGCGAACAAAACUUCGAGAAGGGCAGUUUAAUUGAUUGCGCAAUGAAACUUCAGAGAGAUCGGUCUUUCGACGAUCAGGAGAUAGGUAUUUUUCAGGCGAGAGAAGAGAAAGACGUAAGGCUCAAUGACUUGGGAGAAUGUUCGAUUUCUUCUGCGAUUCGGGAUGAAGCGCCUCAUUCGGUUGUACCGCAUAGAAAAACUGACCCUUCCACUACUGAUCGGUUGGGCAAAGAUGAUUCUUAUGGUGUUGCCGUCGUCAGUGUUGGAAAGCGUUCUUUCACAGAGUAUGAGCCCCUUCUUCAACCUGACAUACUGGACACGACAUCAAUCGCGCCAGUUCACGUCAACCUACCAGAAUCACAUAUCAAACCAAUCUCCUUCGACAGCACGAUCGGCUACGAUCCUCCAGAGCCACAGAUCAUGUCAUUUACAACACGCUCUCCAGAUAACGAGCGAGAGGAUUCUGAUAUCAAAAUGAGGGACGGACCCUGUGCAAGAGAUUGUGGACAAUUACCUGAUUUUAACAAGGACGGGCGUGAGCUGAAGGUUAAUCUUCUGCAGGACAAACGCGAGAAUAUAUACCAAAGACUUGAUAUAAUACAGGGACACUGGUGUUUAGCCUUUUUUAAAGCGAAGAUCCUAAAAACUAUCUUGGUUUCAGGACGAACGUGAGCUGAAGGUUGACCCUCGGCAGGACAGACGCCAGAAACCGUUAGUGCUGUGAAGAGGAUUUCCAUCCUGAGUUUUACUUUGGUGCCUCCAAUGGCCAUCAUCAAUAUUUGAAAAUCGCAGAUACCAGAGACCAUGACAAUGAAGGAUACUAGUGCUGGUAAAUGAAGCAGAACUUUCAUAAUGAAACUGUCAUCCUGAAACCUGGGUCAUCAGGCCUGGGGAGGUGCACCACACUAAAAGCAUCACGUGUCCAGCCACUUUGGCAGAUAAGAUUGAUAGGAAUACUCUGAACUAAAUUUGAUCUUACAGCCAAUAAGUUCGGCAGAAUUUCUAAUCGACAAUGUGGACUGCCAACAGGCUUGGAGUCUACCAGCGCCGAUGGGGGGGGGUUCCUGUGAGUUGGAACGUCAAUGUCGUGUGCUUUGGAGAAGCAGACCCGUGUUUUCUACCCUGUAAAUAUUCCAGAAAACAUAUCGGAACCAAGUUUGGUCUGAAGAAAUUAUACGAAGCAUUUAUACUUCAAAACACGCAGAUUACAGUGCAAAGUGAUAAAUAGGACUAAUAUCCUAGAGAAAGCAAAAGCUAAUGCGGGUUCUGAAAACAUUUGGAACUAUAUGACUUGUAUCACACAUUAGUCCGAUCAGAAAAGCGGUAAAUAUUGGUAUCUUAUAAAUACAAAAGUAAGUUGUAAUGGAAAACAUCCAAAAGUUGUAAUAGUGAGUUCUUGCUUAUGUGUUGGCUUUUUGCUGUAACCUUCUUUUUCAUAGAAGUUGAUUACGGUAUUCUUUCUUCUCAUAAAAGCCAUCAUCACAUCUU